CUUCAGAUUGCAACCGCCUCUAUGGAUUGCUCACUGCCAGAAUGGCUAUUUAUUCCAAUACAGAAGUGGCAUAAAAAUAACACAUACUUUCCCCAUCUUCAUAUCCCAGUGCCCACCAAUCUGGCAUUGUGCUGGAAGCAACACCCAUAUGCCUUUCGCAGUUGGAGGCAGCCAGUUUGCACAGAUCGAGCUGGGAUAUCUUCACCUCAUCAUGACCCCAACAUGCCAGAAAUGGAAAGAACUAGGCAGCACCCAAGUCCUGAGCAAGAGUGUUUGUGUGUCGAGUCCUGAGGCAGAGAAGAGUUAGCAAUAUACUCAAGGUCCUCUUUGUGUUCUGAAGUCAGGUUGCUUUGUACACGGCACCCUCUUUGUGUGUCCACUUCCCAUCACCACAGUUCUUCAUUGGGAACUUGAUAAGUGUGCAUGACCUACUCAAAAUAUUAUUAAAAUCGGCAGUAGCAACAAGAAAACAUUUUACAUAUCUGGAUUGGCCUGCACAAACACAAAUAUUUAAAGCAGGUGCAGAAAAGGAUAUUGCAAAGGCGCUUGAUUGAUGUCAAUAGGCAGGGAGCUCCAAAGUGUAGUGCCACACUAAAAGAUUGAUUCUCCUAUUACAGGUGCCCCACCAGUUGAUCUUUCUCUGUGGGCUUCUAUACAGGUGGUGGUGUGCUGUGACUAGAGUGCUAGGUUAACACCAUAUCGUCGGCUCUUUUGCAGGAUUUUCCCAUUGGCAUGGGGAUAAUAGUGCACAGUUGGGCCAUCCCUAUGUGCCAUGGUCUCCACCACUAUUGCACUUCCCCCAGCCUGACAAACAUCUCGGUGGAGCACGGUUGUGAUUUGUAGGCCAGCAUGCAGAGGCCACCCUCCGUGUGUGUCAUUGUUCCUGUGUAAAUCAAUGUCUGACCAUAAACAGCUGGAAGCUCGCCAGAUCAGUGCUAAAAUUCAGCAUGCAGGGGUGGCAGGAACAUGCAUCCCACAUAUGCCUUAGGGGAAGCUAUAAUGACGGGGGUAUAGACACUGCAUGUAAAGUUAUCCACAGCUUGUUCCCUGUUAAUUUACAGAGCCAUAGAUCCCCCUGCUUAUGAAGCAACCAGGUAAAUUAUUUUCUGCUGCUCCUGUUUUAUGAGCAGUCAGGUCAGGAGGGGAGAAAGGGGGCAGGUGUUGGAUUCCUUAGACCUGGCAGUGCCCCUCCUUGUCCUGCAGCCCACAAACAAAGGCCCCUUGUUCUGCUGGCUUCAUAAAAGAGAGAGAAAUCUACCUCUCCAAGGGCGUGCUAAGGCAGCCGGUUAAGCAAACACACGGGGAAAUGGGGAUCAGGGUCAUGGUCUCAUUUCCUGCCCCCCUAGGCUGAGGAAGUUGCUAAGGGGUGGGUGGAGUGGUGUCCACUAAAGCAAAGAUGACACAGGUCCCUCACUGCUGGCCCAGGGCUUGUUCUUCCUCAAGCCUGAAGAGGGUCUUGGGGCCCUAGCAGUCUUUUAUCACCUGAUGUUUUUUUCUUGGAUACUGAUACCUCAGAACUGAACCCUAAAAAGGGUGACUGAGAGACAUGUUUGAGAGAAAGAGUUACAAUGCUCAAGGAUAAGUGAAUGGUUUCUUGGGGCUGCUUAGGGAUAAUCUGCUCCAUACUCAAAUUCUGUCAGCUGGCAAAACUUCACGACAGAUUUUGAACUGGUAGUAGUAGGUACCGGUAGGUAGGCCAGGCUGAAAAGGAUGAGUUUUUUUCUCGGUGCUUUUAGGUUGACUGCUUUUGGUAUAUCUCCUGUGUGCUUUUGUUAUUUGAAGAACUUGCCUCAGAUAUGAAAUUUACCUCAGAAUCCCCCCCCCUUGAGUUCCAGGUUGUUCCUUUUUUAAAGAGGGAAUAAUUUUUGCACUCACUGAACAGGCCAAAGGUUUUCUGUGGAAACCACUUUGAAUGGGUGUCUUCUCUCAUGGCUAAGAGUUGAAACCUUUAAAACACCUACAUAGGCUGAAAACAGCAGCUUCUUAUGGAGUUGUUGCUAUCUGGCAUCAGAAAGGUAAGUCCUACAGAAAGAAAGCUAGGGAAGAAACCCUAUUUGAGUAUUCUUCUAACAUGGAUUUUCAUGCAGAUUCUCAUAUAUUUCUGUAUUCUCUUCCUUUUUAUGUAUUAUGGUGCUUCUAGCAAUUUUAUGCUUGCGCGUACACACACGCACUCCAACUCAUGUAGGCCAAAGGUCUGAAGUGGAGACGCUCUUGUUGUGGAGGCUCCCCGCAUGAUUUAGCACCCUGUGUUAUUGGGGCUCUAUGUAGUGUUGCUACCCAUCCCUAGAAAAGUGUCCACUGUCCCAUUUGGACUUCAAACAGGAUAUCUUUCUCUCCAUAUUCAAACUCCUCCUCCUCAAAACACUGGGCAGAGGGUGGGGAUGAGAGGGGGAGUUUCAGAUAGAGAGUUUUUUCAUGGGCAGGGAGCAGGGAGAAGAGAUUUGCAGAGACCCCAUCCAUCCGGUGGAGAGCAGGGGAGAUUGGGAAAGAGAGUUUUUGCGUGGACAGAGACUGGUGGGUCGGAGAGCGUGAGCGGGGUUUUGUAAACCAUGUACCUUUGUACAGUAAUGGAUUGCUUUGAAGUCAUUUAUGCAUUGGUUAAAGUAAUUUUUAGGGCCCCCCCUUCUACCUGUAUUUUGUCUGACCUGUCCUUUAUUUUGCCUGACCAAAGGUGGCAGCCCUAGCUCUAAGUCACUUGGGGACCCUCCACACACAAAGGAGGCUCCUGUCUUCAGAUCUUUGCCUUGCUAUGAGUUGGAGGGUGAUGAGGGGUGGAGUUCAAGGGAGAGGGCCCAAACAGAGUCACACAGCAAGAGGAGCUAAGGGGACAUUGCCUGACCAAAUGUGUGUGUGUGAGAGAGAGUGGGAUGGGGGGAGCACUGCUGCACUAAAAACUAAUGACUAGAGCAGAACUGCCUUGAAUUUUAUCCUCCUCAAUGUUCCUCUGGAAGGUAAUCUCAAAGCAGAUCCUUCCUAUCUAAAUUGGCAGCAUUUGACAGAUCAACACUGAUAUAAGGCUCACUUUGGGAGCUGUGGUGGCUGAAAUAAUAGUAAGCUAGCAAUGGACAAGUCAUUUUGCAAAGUCUCAUGCAAGGAGCACAUUUGUAGUGAUGGUUCUCCCUCUAGUGGCAGAAAGUCACAUUGUUACUUGAGGUUAGGGAAGAGAACAUACUGUACGUUUGUCCUGCCAUCAAUACAGGUCUCUUGUCUCUGCCUCAACUGUGGGGACAUGAUGCAGACCACUUUUGUGGUUCCUAGAAGACAUUUUAUUAUGAUUGGAAAGGCAAAUGAAUUCAAAGCUCUCUGCACUGGUCAUUUGCUGAAUCUCUUCUGGAGAAGUCAACGUAUGAGAUACUGAAACUCUGUCUUUAUGCUUGGGUUUCCUAAGCAGCAAUAUCUUGUGGGGAUUCCAGUCAGCUGUUCCACCUCUUUCAGUGUGUUCUAAAAUCCAUUUUCCAGCAGCUCCUCCCAAUCAGACUGAGGCCAAAUCCUGCUGGAACUGGUAAGAUGAUAGUGUUUGAUCAGUUUCAGUGUCCAUCUCCCCCAGCAUCCUGUUUCCAACAUGGGACAACCAGAUGCUCUACAGAGUCCACAUGCAAGGCACAAUGGCAUCAGCCCCAUCUCUUGUUUGUCCCUAGAAUCUGGCAUUUAGAGAUAAGUUCCACCUGUUAUCCUCACCCCCAAACAGGAGUGCUUUUGUUCAGGUUUCCUCCCUAAUGGCCUCCUUCAGGAUAUUAUUAUCUGCUGCAACAAACUCAAGCAGGGUAUUCUGCCCACUCCACCCACUGUGGUUUUCUGUAUUUCUUUUCCAAUUGACACUCAACAUUCUGUACAUACUGAGCAUGCUGAAAAUGCAUUGGGCAUAUACUACUAAUACCCACCUAGGAGGAAUCUGGUUUUUUUUUUUUGCAUUUAAAAGCAGCAUUAUAGGCAAAAGCACCUCUGACUUAGCAUGAAAUGAAGAAAAAUAACUGUAUGGAACUAUUCAGGAGUCAGCAGGUGUCAAGGAUGCUCCUUAACCAAAGGAAUGCACACAGCAGAUAGUGCUUUAUUGUCACAGCUGACACUUACAGUAGCUCCUUGGCUCUGAAUACCACACAAACACAUUUAGUAUCUAGGCAGCUUUUCCCAGGUCUGUGCUCUAUGGAGCAGUUGCAGCAACAGAGGGCCACUCACUCUCCACUAGCUUAUGUGUUUUCCCCCAGUGAGCUAUGCACACGCAGCCAGAGGGUGUGCCUGUGUGGAAGCUGCCUCUGCGCUUCCCACGUCAGUUCUCUCUUGGAUCUGGGAGACAGUGGUGCAGGAGGGGGGGGACGCGGAAGCACCCAGCCCUUCCCUUGCCUAGCCUAGCCUGUCUAUUUCUCCUCUACCCUCCAGCUCUGAAGUUUCCCCUGCCUCCAACUCUUGCCUCCUGGCUAGAACAGUAUCUCACAAUUCACUGCCCGUUCUCCAGAGUCAACUCCAGUCCCACUUCCCUCAGUGCACACUACUCAGCAUCCUGCCAGUCCCUGAUAUUGGGUGCUGUUUCUUCUGCAGAUGUCUGUCCUUGUUUGGAAGAUGGAUUCCAAGCUCUGCUUUUUGGCAAAGGCAUUCAUCUUUUUUCACAAGAGUAUUAGUACCUUAUCUCAGGAACAAGGCAAGUCAGUAUGUUUAAGUUUUCUUCCUGUAUAACCAGUUUGUUUACUUAAAUUCAUAUUAUUUAAAGUUUUACAUGUGCAUUUUUAAAACAUGGAAAUAGCAGGUAAAUAAUACUAUUAAAGAUUCCUCAGUGACCUUUUGUUUUAUCCCUUAAAAACCUACUGAUUUUUUCCCCUUUGCUGCCAAGCUUCUGUAGGCGAUAAAGAAGACAUUGUUCUGUAGCAGUUAGUUGAUGGUCUCUUAUUUUUAUUUUUAAUGUGUUUUUAUUGAAUAUAGACAGUCUAGUUGUAAACCAUGUAAAUAUUUUUAUGAUCUAAAUAUUUUAUAAAAUAUUUUAUCUAAAUAUUUUAUAAAUAACACUACCCUACCCAACAUCUAUAACAUAUAGUUCAACCACAUAUACAGACUUCCAAGAGGGAAUAAGCAAGUUCACCAGAGACAAAAGAUGGGGGGAAUGGAAGAAGGAAGAACAGAAGGAAAGGGAGCAGGGAAGGUGAGUUCUGAGUAACAGUUUUUAAUAUUCCCUCGCAGAUCUAGCUCAAACAGUUCCAGGAACAAUUGCUAAAUAGAUCUCACUCACCUCUCAUUGGUUAAUCCUAUUGCAAACCCAAUUAACCAUUACUGUCCAUUAUAAACACAUUCCAUUAUUAAUUUCCAGAGAGAUGGCCACAUCAGUCUCUUGCAGCAGAAACAAUAAAGUCUUUUGGCACCUUAAAGACUAAUGAAAGUAGUAUGCCAUAAGCUUUGGUGGACUUCAUCAGAUACAUGAAGUGCUUUCUUGAAUUGCAGGUACAUCAGUAUAUAUCUACAUGUGCAUAUGUACCUGCAGAAACUCACAAAUUAAACAAACCAUUUAAAAACCAUGUUGGGUGGAAUGGUUCUUUGAAUUAGGCAGCACCAGGCACUCCCUGCAAGUAUUCCACAAAUAACUGGGUCAUACUUUAGUAUAUAUUCACCUGUCAAUAGCGCUCACAUUUUAGCAGAGCCGGUGUAAGAGAGCACUGCAAUCGAAUGUGUGAGAUCUGGAUGCUGUUCUUAGUCAAGAACUCAUUGUAUGUAGAUAACACUGUCCCUCACACUCAUUUCUACUUCUGUAAAUCACAAAAGAAAUCUAAUUUGCAGGGUGCUUUUCAUGAGAAUUAAAGUGUCAUAUUUAUUAAUAGUUUGGGGUGAUGUUACAAGUAGUUUUUAUUAGCCUCCCCAUCUUGAGGUUGUGAGGGGCAUUUGUAGGGAGUUGGAAUGGCCCAACCAAGCUAACUGUCCUCUUUCAAGCUGCGAUAAAAUUCACUCAGAAGCCAGAGUGAGAUGGAAGCAAAAGGGCCAUUUGGAAACCAAUCCAUUGUAGCUCUCCCUAUGCUACUAUAGCAGGAAGAGUGAGGUGUGACUUGGAGGGAGGGGUCUGCUUUUACAGUGUUGAUGCUUCCUUCCAGGUCAAGAGCAGAUAGAAAGUGGAAACUGCUGAGUUUAGCAUGCGGGGGGAUUUGAGGGGCUUUAUCUCAGGAAUAGAUUUGAGCAGCUGCUAAGCAAAGCAAGUCAGAUUAAACUAAGAGGCAGGUCCUGCGGGUGUAUUGCUCCAGACCCUUAUUCACCUGUUCUCACUUCACAUUGGCCAAUACUGAACAUCUGACCCCCCCCACCGGGUGGCAAAGUCCUCCCACCUACAAGGCAGAAAGUGGCUGGUGCUGGAAAGGGGCGGGAGCAGCCAUCAAUAUUGAAACACCUCAAGGGUGCAAGACUAGGAAGGUUCUGUGUGGAAUACUGCUGGGCUGGACAGAAAGGCCAAACCACAGCAGGACGUGCUGGAGGUCCCACGGAGGCUUGUCGGGAUCCUCUCUUGCUGAACAAAAACGACGAUGGGUGCAGGCGCCAGUGCAGAGGAAAAACACUCCCGUGAGCUGGAGAAGAAACUGAAGGAAGAUGCUGAGAAGGAUGCCAGGACAGUCAAGCUACUGCUUCUUGGAGCUGGAGAAUCAGGGAAAAGCACCAUUGUCAAGCAAAUGAAAAUUAUCCAUCAGGAUGGUUACUCAUUAGAGGAAUGCUUGGAGUUCAUCUCCAUUAUUUACAGCAAUACUUUGCAGUCCAUGUUGGCCAUUGUGAGGGCCAUGGGCACGCUCAACAUCCAGUAUGGAGACUCAGCCAGGCAGGAUGAUUCCCGGAAGCUGCAGCACUUAGCAGACACCGUUGAAGAAGGCUGCAUGUCGAAGGAGAUGUCUGACAUCAUCUGCCGGCUCUGGGAGGACACCGGCAUCCAAGCCUGCUUUGAGAGGGCCUCAGAGUAUCAGCUGAAUGACUCGGCUGGCUAUUACCUGAGUGACCUGCCACGACUAGUGGCCCCUGGAUAUGUCCCCACAGAGCAGGAUGUUCUCCGCUCCAGGGUUAAGACCACGGGCAUAAUUGAAAGCCAGUUUUCCUUCAAGGACCUCCACUUCAGGAUGUUUGACGUGGGCGGCCAGCGCUCAGAACGCAAGAAGUGGAUCCACUGCUUUGAAGGAGUCACUUGCAUCAUCUUCAUUGCUGCCCUCAGCGCCUAUGACAUGGUCCUGGUGGAGGACGACGAUGUGAAUCGCAUGCAUGAGAGCCUGCACCUCUUCAACAGUAUCUGCAACCACCGCUACUUUGCCACCACCUCCAUUGUUCUUUUCCUCAACAAGAAAGACGUUUUCCUGGAAAAGAUCAAGAAGGCACACCUCAGCAUCUGCUUUCCAGAUUACGAUGGGUCCAAUACCUACGAGGAUGCCGGUGCCUACAUCAAGGUGCAGUUCCUGGAGCUGAACAUAAGGAAAGAUGUGAAGGAAAUCUACUCACACAUGACCUGUGCCACAGACACCCAGAAUGUCAAGUUUGUCUUUGAUGCUGUCACUGACAUAAUCAUCAAAGAAAAUCUGAAGGAUUGUGGCCUUUUCUGACUGCAGGUAUUCCUGGCCCUUCUGGUGAAAUGCAGCAUUGCAAAUUCAGCAGUGUGAAAGGGAAGCUUUCCCCUCACCUGAGCUUAUGCACUCAUUCGCAUCCGUUCUUGCAUGCUGGCUGGCUAUAGUGAUCCACAGAUGGGGAAAGGAGUUUCUCCCUCAUCUGAGCUAAGCCAGACAAAAGAUUCUCCAUCCCGUCAUGGUCGUUUAAUUGACCCUCUGGAGUUGGAACUCUGAGAUUACUAGGCAGCUUCCAAAUACACCCCAGGAGUGUUGACCGCUACCUCUUCCUUGACACCCAGGAAAAGCAGGCAAGAGCUUCAUUCUGGUAACUCACUUUCUACCUAAGCCACCUCUGUGGUGUGGGAGUUGUUAAGCAUGUGUGGAGUUUCCUCCCAUAUUGGGCUUGUUUGCGGAGUCCUGACAGUUUAGGAAACCUUUUUCUUUCUGUCCCCUUUGAUUUCUGCUCUUGUAAAUAGUGGGCACUUGCUAGGCUUCUUAUAGGUAUACUAGGGCACUAACACACCUGUGCACACAGGGUGCUGCAGUAGCACGAGUAGAUGGAGAGAGAUUCGAGCCUUUACACAAGGUGCAAAAGCUUGAAAACCAAACUCCUGGCCAAGGCACAAGUCAAAAUCCUAGAGCUAUCCUUAAUACAAGAUUUCAGUUUUAAUUUUUGCUUAAAUGGCAUUUUCUCAGCAUGGUUCUCUAGUGAAGCCUUUUCUUUGUUUCACUGGAGGGCUCUGUAAUUAUCUGUAGCAGCACCAACAGUAUGUGCCCAAACACAGUGACCUCACAAUAUCACAAAUAGCUGGUUUUAUCAAUAAAGUAAUAAGCACAUUUUUUUCUUUAUACUUUA